AUGACAUCUGCUACUCAGAUCUCCCAGGUCCUCUUCAUGAUCCAGCUCCCGCCCCACAGCUACCUCUGCCUGAACCGAGAUAGCGAUAGUGAUCCUGAUAGUCUGGGGCCAAGUCCCAUCGUGGUCCUGGAGCUGCGCGGCUUCAGAGUGGACUCAGUUGCGAUAGGGAUUAGAUCCCUUCGCUACCACGGCGACACCAACGUCAACCCGGCGUUUCGCUCCAUCGGCCCGAAGAGGCCAUGGAGACGCCCAGAACACAGCUGGAAGGUGAAGGAUUCACCGACAUUGCUCCCGAGCGCGAGCCCGGCAAGCCGGGGCCCAGGCCGUGUUGGCGCCAUGGCGUCAGGGCUUAGUUUGGCUUUGUGA